AUGGAUCCACAUACAUAUGGUCAUUUCAACAGAGUUGCAAGAGCUAUGAAUAAUUAUGUAGCAGCAUCUGCGCACAAUUAUUAUUGGGGAAAUGAUGCUGAUCCAAGAGGAUUUUAUCAAAGACAGGCACAUAUAAAUUCAUAUUAUAGUUAUCCUACUGCUGAAUUACCUUCAAGUAGCUUGCAAACUGUUAUUCUCAAUUUUGCUUACCAUUUACGUCAAUGGAUAGGUUAA